GGCGCGGCACUUCCGGCGCGGCGGGGCCGGGCGGGGGCACCGGGAGGAGGCCGCGGCCGCCGCUGAGCCCCGAGCGGCCCCGAGCGGCCCCGAGCGGGCCGGGCCCGCCGCCCGCGAUCCGUCCUCCAGGACCUCGCGGCUCCGCCCUGUGGGAGAGGAGAGGGAAAAAUGGGAGAAUUUUGGGAGAAAUUCCCUGCACAGAGUGAGGCCAGCCCAGCCCUGCGUCGUUCCAGGAGGAAUUCUGCCACGGGAGGUGUGCCCUGACCCGUGCCCGCCCCGCAGGGUUCUGGCGCCGGUGACGAGCGAUGGGGUAUGAUGUGGCUCGGUUCCAGGGGGACGUUGACGAGGACCUGAUCUGCCCCAUCUGCAGCGGGGUCCUGGAGGAGCCGGUGCAGGCCCCGCACUGCGAGCACGCCUUCUGCAAUGCCUGCAUCACGCAGUGGUUCUCGCAGCAGCAGACGUGCCCGGUGGACCGCAGCGUGGUGACGGUGGCCCACCUGCGCCCGGUGCCGCGGAUCAUGCGGAACAUGCUCUCCAAGCUGCAGAUCACCUGCGACAACGCCGUCUUCGGCUGCACGGCCGUCGUGCGCCUCGACAACCUCAUGGCCCACCUCAACGACUGCGAGCACAACCCCAAGCGCCCGGUCACCUGCGAGCAGGGAUGCGGGUUGGAGAUGCCCAAGGACGAGCUGCCCAACCACAACUGCAUCAAGCACCUGCGCUCGGUGGUGCAGCAGCAGCAGACGAGGAUCGCCGAGCUGGAGAAAACCUCGGCCGAGCACAAGCACCAGCUGGCCGAGCAGAAGAGGGACAUCCAGCUGCUCAAGGCCUACAUGAGGGCGAUCCGCAGCGUCAACCCCAACCUGCAGAACCUGGAGGAGACCAUCGAGUACAACGAGAUCCUGGAGUGGGUGAACUCGCUGCAGCCGGCGCGGGUGACGCGCUGGGGCGGCAUGAUCUCCACGCCGGACGCGGUGCUGCAGGCGGUGAUCAAGCGCUCGCUGGUGGAGAGCGGCUGCCCGGCGUCCAUCACCAACGAGCUGAUCGAGAACGCCCACGAGCGCAACUGGCCGCAGGGGCUGGCCACGCUGGAGACGCGCCAGAUGAACCGGCGCUACUACGAGAACUACGUGGCCAAACGCAUCCCCGGCAAGCAGGCCGUGGUGGUGAUGGCCUGCGAGAACCAGCACAUGGGCGAGGACAUGGUGCUGGAGCCGGGGCUCGUCAUGAUUUUCGCUCACGGCGUGGAGGAGAUCUGAGGGAGAAAAAAAAAAAAUUAUUUCCGCCCUCGGGACGGCGGGGAGGUUGGGGGGGGUUUUUUCCCGGAUUUGGGUUUUUAGGUGGUUUUCGCUCACGGCGUGGAGAUUUGGAAGGAAUCAACGGUUCCGCCGUCUCGGGAGGGCAGGGGUUUCCUGGACUUGGAAUUUUAGGGUUCCCCGCUUGAUUUGGACCCGUUACAAAGCCAGCUCGGCUCGCCCCGUUUCAAGGAGAGGGGGAGCGGGGGCUCCACGCACUGCCAGACCCCUCGGGGGUCCCCCAAAUCCCGGCCCUGCUGCCCGUCUCCUCGCCCCCUCUGGAAUUUCCACCUGGCUUGGUGUCCCCCAGUGGGCACUGCUGGUGUCACCAACCCUGGAGUGAGGGGUCCUUGGCCUUGGGGACCCUCCUGUCCCCCUCGCUUUGUGCAUGCCCCAUUCCCUGGCCCCGGGAGCAGCCGGAUCCCCCCCGGGCAUCUCCCACCUCCUCCCAGUCCGUGUUUGGCUCUGCUUUCUCCACCCUUGGUGUUACUUUUCCAGACACUCGUGAUUGUGGUUCUGUUUUUUUUGGGUUUUUUUUUUUUUUUUUUUUUUUUUUUUUUGUACUUUAAUUUUUUUUUGACCUUUUCUCAUUUUUACUUCCCCUUUUUAUUUGAUUUUCCAAGUACCGUGGGCAGGCACCUCUGGCCUGGGUCCGUGGGACUCGUUGGGAAUUUAAUUUAUUUGCAUUUAUUUUGGUUAUUUUUUACCAUUGUUUCUCCUCCGGUGUCGGUCCCGGCAGAUCCGGCGGGAGGCAGGGAUUGAAGUGAUCAAUAAACAGAAUUCUGGUUGCUUUA